ACAUCCAGGGAUCGGACUAAUGGCGGCCGGCAAAUCCGUGCGCUGACACGAAAUCCACAACAGCCGCUCAGGUGCCAGCCUAUAUCGUGGGGGGCAGGGCGACGUCGCAUUGCUACACGAACGGUAAAGAAGGGAGGGCUGAGGGGAAACAAUCGGCGACUUCUAGCAGGACUUUCCUAUUUUUAAACAUGGAUGAACAGCCCGGCGGAGGAGGAGGAGGAGGAGGAGGAGGAAUGGCCGCCCAGAGACAGCAACAGCAGCAGCAGCCCGCACCGCAGCAGGGCAACAACAGCAUUAAUCCCCAGAUCGCCAGCGCCGGAGGAGCGCCUAUGGUUCAGCAACAGCAAGACGAGAUGCCCAGGCCCCAGCAGUACACUAUCCCGGGGAUUUUACACUACAUUCAGCACGAAUGGGCCCGUUUCGAGAUGGAAAGGGCGCAUUGGGAAGUGGAGAGGGCCGAACUCCAGGCCCGAAUAGCGUUCCUCCAAGGAGAAAGGAAGGGUCAAGAAAAUUUAAAGAACGACCUUGUUAGAAGAAUAAAAAUGUUAGAAUAUGCAUUAAAGCAAGAAAGAGCAAAAUACCAUAAAUUAAAAUAUGGGACAGAACUAAAUCAAGGGGAAGUGAAAAUGCCUAGCUUUGAAUCAGAUACCAAAGAUACAGAGGUCUCGGCUAUACCUCAGAACAGCCAGUUAACGUGGAAACAGGGCAGGCAACUUCUCAGACAAUAUCUUCAGGAAGUAGGUUACACGGACACAAUACUGGAUGUCCGGUCGCAGAGAGUGCGGUCGUUACUGGGGCUGUCCGGCUCAGAGCAGAACGGUUCUGUGGAAACCAAGAACCUAGAACAAAUUCUCAAUGGAGGAGAGUCUCCAGCCAAAAGAAAGGGACAAGACAUGAAAAGGAAUCCAGAGGUUCUGGAGACAUUUAAUUUUUUAGAAAAUGCUGACGAUAGUGAUGAAGAGGAAGAUGAUGAGGGCGACAUAAUGGAAGAUGUGCCUGACAGGAGCGAUAAACGUAGAAUAAAAAAACAUAAAAUUAAGGUCGGAAAUGAAGGUUUGGCUUCUGACUUACCAGAUGACCCUGACACAGAGGAGGCACUGAAGGAGUUUGACUUUUUGGUAAAUGCGGAGGACGGAGAAGGUGCCGGAGAGGCUCGGAGUUCAGGAGACGGCACAGAGUGGGCUGAGCCUCUGCCAUUCACGCCCGGUGGGGGCAAGUCCUUUAUCAUGGGCUCUGAUGACAUGUUGGAAAGUGUGCUGGGCCUGGGAGACCUUGCAGAUCUGACUGUGUCCAAUGAUGAGGCUGAAUACAGCUAUGAUCUGCCAGCCAAUAAGGACGCGUUCAGGAAGACAUGGAAUCCCAAAUAUACCCUGCGAAGCCACUUUGAUGGAGUGCGGGCCCUGGCCUUCCAUCCUGUGGAACCGGUGUUGGUCACAGUCUCGGAAGACCACACCCUCAAACUGUGGAACCUCCAGAAGACAGUUCCUGCCAAAAAAAGUGCCUCUUUUGAUGUUGAGCCCAUAUACACGUUUAGAGGGCAUAUUGGGCCUGUGCUCUCAUUGGCUGUGACCUCGAGCGGCGAGCAGUGUUUUAGUGGUGGAAUCGAUUCAACAAUACAGUGGUGGAACAUCCCCAGCUCUAACGUAGACCCGUAUGACACAUAUGAUCCCAGCGUGUUGGCUGGUACGUUGUUGGGUCACAGUGACGCAGUGUGGGGAUUGGCUUACAGUGGAAUCAAAAACCGGCUGCUCUCCUGUUCAGCUGAUGGGACAAUCAAGCUGUGGAACCCUCAAGAGAAGUCACCGUGUCUCAGCACAUUUAACUCAGAUAGAGAUCAUGGUGUUCCCACAUCAAUUGAUUUCAAUGGGUGUGAUCCAGCUCAUAUGGUGGCGUCCUACAACACAGGCGAUGUUGUUGUUUAUGAUUUAGAGACAUCACAGCCCCUCGUGGUAUUCUCUGCACAGGGAGAGAGCGCUAUUCCUUUUGGGAAUCACAUUAAUAAAGUAGUCACUCACCCCACCCUGCCAAUCACAGUCACCGCUCACGAGGAUAGACACAUCAAAUUCUUUGAUAAUAAAUCAGGUAAAGCCAUACAUGCAAUGGUGGCUCACUUGGAUGCUGUUACUAGUCUGGCCAUAGAUCCAAAUGGCAUCUACUUGAUGUCAGGAAGUCAUGAUAGUUCCAUCCGCUUGUGGAACGUGGACAGCAAGACAUGCGUACAGGAGGUUACCGCGCACAGGAAAAAGUCAGACGAGGCCAUAUACGACGUUGCCUUCCACCCAUCUAAGGCAUACAUAGGAAGCGCCGGAGCCGAUGCCCUGGCCAAAGUGUUUGUAUAAAAGCACGUCCGAAUUAAUGCAUACGUAAAGACGAGAGAAAGAAAGGACUGCUUCACUGCCUUGUGUAACAAGAGUAGCAUUUCUCACACUACAUUGAAGUGGCUUCCACCUACGCUGUCAAUCCCACACCACACACACAACCGAUACCAGGUGCCAAGAGGGGGACGUGCCGUUUUUUUUUUUUUUUUUUUUUUUUUUUUUUUUUUUUUGUUUUUUUGCGAAGCCAGUGUGGAGUGCUCAAUCAGUUUUAAUCUUUUUUGUUUUCCUCAAAAAAAGAAAAAAUUAACUGUAAUUUACUGUAAGUCAAAGCUGGAGUGAAACCAGUGCUUGUAGCCUUUUGACUGGUUUUGAACCGAGCUGAUAAUGUGUCCUGUAGGUAUGUUUCAAUGACCAUGGAGUGGUUAUCAUGUUCAUCCAUCAGUAGCUUGUCACCUACCAUCAUCCGGGCACCGGAGGAACUGAGUCCCGCCCUGCCGAGCCAUAAUCCAGACCCUAAUCUCAGUCACCCUAAUGUAGCGUGCAAACGAAUACAGUUAAACUCAGUCAACCUUCAUACCUUUAGCGUUUGUUUCAUUUCUUUGUGUAAAAAAGUAUAGUUUUUAUAAUCAAUUUUAUAUAAAUAAAGACUGUCAUAAAACCGCUGAAAAUCACCUUUUUUUAAAGGGACUAUAAUCCCACUCAAGCCCUCCAUUUUACGCGGUUCUCCUUCAUGAAGGUCUUGUGUUUCUGGAAACCCUGGAUGAGUGCUCUCCUCACGCAUACUACAUUGCUUUACCGUCGUUUUAUCACAUAACGGAGAGACCGUACGCUAGUAGAAGCACAGCGCGUGGUGCCCUGAGAGCUUUUAGGAAUUUGCAAAUAAACUGCAACAUCCUGUCACUAUGUGAUGUUUCUGUACACCUUACUGUAAAAUGAGUUUAAGUAUCACAGGUUAGAAAUCCGAACGCUAUUUAUUUUCAGUUUGUGGAUAGUCUUAUCCUUUGUUCAGAGCAUAGCUUGAUGGUAACUCAAAGAUUGGGCUGUCGCUAACCAAACCGAACAGGCAAUCUGAUAGGAAAUUAACGUAUGUAACGGCUCUGUUUAAACAUACCGACCGAAAACGAGGUUUGAAGUCGCCUCGUGAUGCUGGAGAUCAUGGGAGAAACGAGAGGUUAAAGGGAUUGUUCACCAAAAAUGAAAAAACCUGUCAUUUACUCUCCCUCAUGUCGUAACUGGAACAUAAAAGCUAUUUUGAGGAACGAAAUGGAACUCGAUGGAAUGUUGGUUACCAACAUUCUUCUGUCUUUCUGUGUGUGUUUAGAAUGAUGUGAGGGCGGGUAAAUGAUAGAAUUUAAAUUUUUGGGAUUGGAGUCAAUCGAAUUUACUCUAAAUAUUUGGUUUGGUCGUUCUGCCCCAAUCUGCUCAAUGAUUUUUAAAGGAAAAAAAAUGCAGUUUAUGGUGUAACAAAAGACCUUUUGUUUGUGUAAUGCAUGAUUAAUACUACAAUAAAGUAUUUUUUCUAGUCUUCCAAAAGUUCUGAUCAGUUUGAAGAGUUUUGAUGAGUUUUGUAAGGUUUUUGAUUUACUACGAAUCAACAGAUUUUAAAGAUUGUACCACAUAGCAAAACAACUGUUGAAAAGUAAUGUAUAUAAAAUGUCUAUAAUAAAUAUUAAAUGGUGUAUCUGUAUAUGCAACAUGCUCCUUGUCUCGACAAUUAAUGCAGCGUUGUAUUUAUCACGGGUCAUUGACGAAUGACGAUUGCCAGGAUUCACUAUUGUGUUACUGAGAACAACCCGCCUAAAUUAAUACACGUGUUAUGUUUCUGAUGAUGCUCAGCCUGUUCAGAUGACGAUGUUCAGCUCGUCAAGUUGUACAAACACCUUGUCCUUUAUUGAGAAGAAAGUAAUAAAUUAUAAACAAAUGUACAAGCAGUUUGAUGCCCCUCCUCCCCUCUGUUUUCAUUGCGUGAGACAGUAAAGCAUGCAUAUGGAAAGGUACACAGAAAACAGGUUCGAUAAAUACAUGAACGUAUAAUUUAAGAAAAGGAAAGAAGAAA